CACGACUGAUUAUCCGAAGUCCCAUACAAACCUUCGGACAUUUGUAGUCAAUUCCUCUCAAAGGAAAUGAUAACUUGACGUUUCAAUAGUGCGAAAAAUUAUGUAAAAUAGUUUGUUGUACAAAGGUGUUCCACCGCCUCCCUUGCAGGCGUUUACGGGCGCAAAAACACCCCGCCAAGCAAACACGUGACCCGUCCAUCAAACUAGGCUGCAUUCAUUGUUGCCGCGUAAACACUACUCUGUCAAUGAUUGCAAAUUAAACAACAGACAGCGGGCCAUGCGUCAUCGGUCAUCAUCUCAACCGCCAAAGUACCCGCGCCGCGCGCUCGAGCGAACCCAUAAAAUCCGUUGCUGUUUGCUGCGUCGCCGCCUGCUCAGUUUUAUUCGCCAGGCCAAGCCUCACGCCUUUUGUCUCCCCCACUGGUGGUGGUUUUAGUUUGUUUACAAUCUUGGACCAUUCAGGGGCAGCCAAGCGUACGGCUUGGCGUGGCAUGCGGUAAAUAUUGAAAACAGUAGCAAAAGUCGCCCGGCACAGUAGUAGGCUGGAUGCUCGAAAAUGGAGCUUGACCACACCAGAAGCACGUUGACCGAAUUUUAAUUAUUGCCAUCACAUCGCGCGCCGAAUACAGCCAGGGACGAUCACGUCGGCCGUACAAGUACGCGCGCGCGCACCAUUAUGGUCAGCAGUGGGAUCGGAGGCAAAGGUCACUGCGAUCGAGACACGUAGGCAUUGCUGAAAGUGUCAAAUUCAUGGUCGAAAAUAUUUUGGAUGUUAAAACAACUUUUGUGACAUAUUUAUAGAGUUUAGACACCGGAAAAUUGUACCUCAAACAUGCAAACUCCUCGCAAUAUGAAUUUUGUGAUAGGUUGGUCAGUUCCGCUUCUAGUUUACAAUGUGGCUGACCAGGUUUACCGUGUGGGUUCUGCUAUUAGGACUGUCCUUUCCCCUGGCGAACUCUAACAUGCCCGAUUUGGAGGUGGCCACGGGUAAAAACAGUUCCCGACCUUUCACCAUCAAAGUUCUGAAGAUGAUCUGCGUCAAUCAGCCGUACGGCUACACGGUGGUCAAAACGUGCAAGGCCAAACUGGCCCGGAAUCAACCGGCCAAGCUGAACCUGGCCUUCGACAUUCAGCGCCCUGCCAAUUCGCUGUUCCUGUCCUACGUGCUGAACUACAAGUACACCACUUACCGGCCGCUUCUGUUCGACGAUUCCUUCGACAUGUGCCGCUUUAUGGCUGAACAGGGCGGCGGAACGAACGUCCUGAUGAACUUUAUGUACAAAAUUGCAACCUCCCAGAUCACCUGGCUGCACAAGUGUCCGUACGUUGGUCUGCAGAACAUGUCCGAUUUUGUGCUGGACGAAGGUCUCAUGCCGAACUUUCUACCCGCGGGAGACUUCAGGGCCGACACCAGAAUCUUCGACAAGGCGAACGAGACCAUCGUGGACUUUCAAAUAUUCUACAGCGUGCGAGCGAAGGGACUGUUUGAUCUGUCCAUGGGAUAGGCAGAAUCCGGUGUGUUCAUAAUAAAAUAUAAUCGAAAACUU